AUACGAAUCUAUAAACGUACAUUUCUUAACAUUGGAAUUAGCAUUAUUUUUCUCAAUUAACACUGAAAAUGCUCAAUUCUGCUAUUUUUCAGUCUCCUGAUGUUAUUUGUGGCCAAUAAUUUUCUGUGGUGAAACACGCUUAUCGUUUUCAGUUCCAGUGCAAAAAGUGAAAUAUUUUGAUAAUGGCCGCACUGUGAACCUUCUCUAUAAUCUACAUUCUCCGGUAGAUUGUUAACAAAAUUUCGCUACUCGAACAUUGUGGCAACUACGUAUUUCGGUAACUAAUUGGUUCUAGCAGUUUGUCAUCAAUUCGGUUUUGUUAUGGCAUUCUUGUUCGUCGCACUACAUUUGUAUUCUGAAUAAAAUUAAAAAUUACCGGGGAAUAAAAGAAGCUGCUGAUUGCAAAAAUGGAUUAUGAAUUAGAAUUAGUCGAUUCCCUGUCAGCAUUAGCUUAUGAGGGUCCGUGCUUGAAAGUGAAUGGUCUAAUUAAAGCGCUGGAAGGCGGUCCUUGUGAUUCUGAUUUCCGUCUGCUUAUUGGUUGGUUAACCGAAGAACUGCAUGUCUUGCGAAAAACAGAUGAACAUGUGGCAGAGUUACAGGAUCAAAGUGAUUUCUCAAUGGAACUUUCUGCUAUGCUAAAAGAACUUGGAUGCCCUUAUCAACGUUUUGUUGCUGGCCCGUUAACCGGAAGGUUCGAAACUCGUGAGGCUUGUGCUCAACUACUAGACUACCUCUUAACAGAAUUAAUGGCAACAAAAAUGUCUUAUCGUUUGCGACCUUCCAAACAAGCACUUGUUAUUCCUAAAUCUGAAACCAAUACGGCGCGUUCUCUGCAACAGCUGUCUCGAAAUGUUGGACUGGGUAAACCACCAGAUAAUGUUUCCCCAAAAGCACUUUUUGAUAAACUCAAUUUUAAAGUUGAGGAGCUAAUACGGCAAGCCAAACCCGGCGUAUUGAGUGAACCAUUAUUGAAUUUAAAACAAUCUCUAUCUGAAGCACAAUGGAAAGAAUUGGACGCAAUACAUUCUGAUUUAGAUGGGGAAUAUAAUAUGCGUAGACAAAUGUUAUUGACUCGCCUUGAAGUAACUAUACAGAGCUUUCAAUGGUCUGAUAAAAUGAGGUCAAAAGAAAAUGAAAUCGCUAGUCGUUAUCAAAAGAAAUUGCAAGAACUAGAUCCUUUACGCUAUGGUAGUAAAGAUACAAAUAUUGUAGCAUUUCUUGCUUCACGUGCUGAUUUGGCUAUUAUAGAAAAAACAAGUUCCGUGCAAGUGCGAAAAAACACAUGUUGCAAAAUACAGAAACAUGUAAUAGGCAGCGUACCAGAUCGGGGUGGUCGAGCGCAUGAGCACGCUCCCCCGCCUCCAGAAAUGCCGUCUUGGCAACAGCAACGCUCUCAAGGAUCUGCUGGUAGUGCAGGAGGAAAUUUCCGGGGUGGGAGAGGUGGCGGUCAAGGUGGGAGUGGCCAUUGGCAACAAUAUUCAAACGCUCAACAACAACGUCAAUCUACCGACCAAUGUCGAAACCAGAAUUGGGUAAGCGGUAGCGGACGAGUUCAAGGGAGUGGCUGGUCCCAGCAUAAUAAUAAUGGUUAUUUUCAAGGUAUUGGGGGACGCGGCAAUUUUGGCGACAAUUCUUUUCGGGGACGCUCAAAUUAUCAUCGGGGAGGCCCUGGAGGUGGUGUUCGUCGUUGAAAAUAAACAAAUUACUCGACUACAAAGAAUAUUUUAUAUAAAAUAUUAAUGUAUAUGUAUUAAGUAAAUUAUUUAUCUUGUGUUGAAUGUAUGUAUUAUUUAAAGCAGCUUUUAAUAUAGCUCUUCCGAUUUACUACUAUUUUAACUCUAUAAGAGAACUAUUUGAAUUAUCAAUUGGUGAUUAAUCUCGCCAAAUUUGAAAAGCUAAUAGGUGACUAUAAGUUUUUAAGAUAGUUGCGAAAAAUAUGUUAAUUAGUGAAAUAACACUUAAUUAUGAGCAAGUUUCAAUAACUGCGAUGAUAACAACUGUCAUCAAAGCGAAAGAUCAUGUGAUGUAUAACGCUCCUCAACUUUCGCACACGCUUAAAAUUAUGUGUGCACAAUAAAUUUCUUAUAUAAAGCAUCUUAACCUAA